AUGGGAGCUGUCAAGGAGCAUGUGCUCGAGAAUGUGUCCAAUUUUCGAGAUGUGGGCAAAACUGUAAACUCCUUUCUGGACAAAAAAGCCGUUCGAGAAGGACUCGUGUACAGAUCUGCUAGACCAGACAAUGCAUCGCCCGAGGACAUGCUGCACUUGGCCGAUAACCUCGGCAUCCGAACUGUGAUAGACCUGCGCACAAACACCGAGCUGGCACGCCAAGCAGCCAAGCGGCUCAAGCAGCGCAUCGUCAACCCCUCCAUGCCAGAAACGGCGCGCAUUCCGGGCAUACAGUACCACGAGAUUAAAGUGACGGGUCGCAGCUUUGAGCGCCAUAUCGCCAGUCUCCUCACAUGGUGGCAGUUCCUGAAAUUCAUUUUUCUGUAUGCCUUCAGGUACCACAACGAGGCCAUCCAUAUCGUCGCCGAGAAUGUCCUCGUGCCGCGCGGACUUGUUGGCAUCGGCCGCGACAAGCUGGACCAUUCAGGGGCGGAGAUUGCCGAGGCGCUGACUCUAUACACGAGUCCGCAGACGACGCCCGUUCUCGUACACUGCACUCAGGGUAAAGACCGGACGGGUUUGAUUUGUUGCUUGAUCUUGAUGAUCCUGGGCAUACCAAUGUCCGCCAUCGAGUACGACUACCUCCUCACAGAUGAAGGCCUCGCACGCGAGCGGGAGCAGCUGAUCAAAGAGGUCCAGUCAGUCGGUCUGACAGAGGCAUGGGCAUAUACAGACCGUGGGAUGAUGGAAAGUCUCAAGAAGCAUCUUGAUGACAGAUACGGCGGCCUGGACGCGUACCUCGACUCCAUUGGAUUCGACGAGUCCAAGCGCGCGCUCGUCCGCGAUACCCUGCUUGUCUGA